AUGAAGGAGCUUUGGUCUAUAGAGUCGACAGAGCCCUUGAAGUCGAUCUUGUCUGUAAACUUUGUGUGGUCUGAAGUAGAGCAUGAAGUUGAAGAGGCUUCGAAUGCGGAGGAGACUUCCCCAUCUCCUUGGUCGGUUGUGGUCGUGGGCCUCAACCGGAAGGAUGUUCAGCAUGCCGAAGACGAAGCCCUGGCGGUCGCAGAAACCGUCCGAAAGUACGGACUCUGCCGCAAUCCCAUCGUCUGUGUCGGCCGUAAAGCUGCAUCUAAGACACAGAUCCGGGAAGCUUUAUGGAAGGCUGCGAGCUCCUCCGCGUCGAAGCUUCUGUUUUUCUUCGCUGGGCAUGGACAGUCCGACCAGGGCGACAUGACUUUGCUGGAGCCGGCAGAUGCUCCAGAGACUGCCGAUGACCAGGACGACGACGUCUCUUCCUGGGUUGCUUUGGAGGAUGAAGUUUGGUGCGCCGUGAACGGGCGUGGUUUUCAACACCUGACUGUUGUGACCAUUUAUGCGAUCUGCCGCGCACAAGCGUAUCCAGCCAAUCUUCCCGCUGAUCCUGUGGACCCUUUUCCGUCACAAGACAAGAGCAUAACUUUCUGCGACGUUUACCUCUGCAAGCAUGACGAGAUGCUCAACGACGUUCAGUACUUUGCGAGCGCUUUUGAGUUCUACAUGUCCUUGGGAAUCCCCGAUCUGCACAGUCUUCUUUACAGGAUCAGAGCAGAUCUUUUUUACUUGACUGUCGGGAAGGUGUCCCUGCAGAUUGUUGGCGUCGAGAAACUUGUGUGGCUAGAGACGAGGGGAAGCUUCAAAGACCCGGAGCCAAAGCUGGAGGAGGGCCGUGAACUCGAGGCCUUGCAACGGCCCAUCUUCUUGUCCCGAUACCUGGACAAGCUGGCGAGCCAAGAGAUGGAAACAAGUUUCCAGGAUACGCGUGCCACCAUGGCGGCCAUCGCGCGACAGCUGAUGAGGCUCCCACAUGACACAGGGCACCUUCGUACCGAAGAGGAGCUGGAAUGUAUUCGUGCCACGAGUUAUCUUGGUGAUGUGUUUCGCUGGCUGAGAGGCCGCGAAAGUCCUCAAGGUCGUGAUGUGACUGUUGGAGACGUACCUCCAAAAUGCCUGCUUGACACGAUAGCGGAAUCCUUGCUGGAGGUCGUACCGGACAGCUCUAAUGACGAGCUCAUAGGCUUUGUCCAGCACUUCAUCGAAGUGAUGCGUGAGUUUACUCGGCGCUACCGCUUGGCCGACCUGCAGACCUGUGAACGAGCCAACAGCGAAUCUGCCGGCAGCGGCAGCAGCGCUGCCGGCAGCACGGGAGCAGUCGCUGCUUGCGUCGGUGUGACGGCAGGGCUUUCUGGUGGUGGUGUUGGCUCGGUCCCACUGGUCUCAACCAAUGCUCGGAGACAUGCAGCUGAGUCAGCUGACACUCGCCCAAGGCGGAGUGUGCGCUACGUCUUCAGGGUUCCAAGAGUCGAGAAUGUGUCUGAAGCGGACAAACAAGAACUGUCCGAAUACAUUUGUUGCGUGCUGAAACAGCUGAACAUCCCCGUUCAACAGGUCUGUUUCAUGCGCGGGAGCCUGCUGAUCUUGCUCGUGACCCCAUGCCCUGUCGAUCGGACCCAGCUGCACUCCUUCCAGGGAAAGCUUGAGGAAUGGACAUGGCGGAGGAUGGAACUGCAUGCCCCUCAUUGGCGUCGGGCGGGCCGUCCCUACUACAUGGACUUUACGGAUCUUCCUGGGAACCAGAAGCAGCUGGCGUUCGAAAUGCUGCCCUUCUUUCAGACAGCUGCCCUACCGAUUGCCUGGAUGAGGGCAGAGGAUGUUCGCAAGUUUGCAGCGGACAGACUUGGCAUCAAGCCUUCAGCAGUGAGCGUUUUUGAAGAUGAGGUGCAACGAGGCGUGGGACAGUGGUUGCAUGGAACCGGUCGUGUACAUGUGGUGGUGGCUAGAUCGGACUGGCAUGACCUUUUAAAUCGAGAACCAGCGCAGUCGCGCGAACUGCUGAUGCAGCAAACUCACCGCAGCUGGGGUCAGGGAUCAUUUGGAGACGACCUGGAAUUUCAAGCGGGUGCAGUUAUUUUGUGCGGGUGGCUGGCGAAGACGAACCCCUCUGUCCCCGACAGGAUGUCACGACUCGGUGGCGUGUGUCGAGCUCGGACACCGAGACAGUUUCUCGGAGAGGUGUGCAUCCUCGAAGCCAGAACUAUGCAGAGAGCUCGUAGAUUCUCCGAGCGGCUUCUCAGUACCCGUUGA